CUGGUCCUGGUCCUGUGAGGUGUGGUUUUGCUUUUCGAGAAUCGACCAUCCGCGGCAGAAGCAAAAUGGUCCUCCUCACCAACCGCCUCGCGGGGGCAUUCACUGUGGCUCUCGCGGGCAGCGCAUCCGCCAUCAGCCUCGACAUAAACAACGAGCAAUCGAUCAGAAAUGCCGCCGCCACAGCCUCCUUCAACACCAUGUCCAACUACACCUCCAACCACACCGGGCAAAUCCCGGGGUACAUUCCAGACGCAUGGUGGGAAGGCGGGGCGCUCUUCGACACGCUGAUCCAAUACUGGUAUUUCACCGGCGACGCGUCCAACAACCCCGCUGUCAGCCAGGGGAUGUACUGGCAACGCGGCAACGACAACUACAUGCCCUCGAACUGGAGCUCGUACAUGUCGAACGUGGACCAGAUGGCGUGGGGCCUCGCCGCCAUGACCGCCGCGGAGCUGAACUACCCCGUUGAAACGAACAUGUCGUCGUGGCAGACUCUCGCGCAGCGAGUGUUCAAGGUGCAAUCCGCGCGGUGGGACGAGAGCACCUGCGGCGGGGGGCUGCGGUGGCAGAUCUGGUCGUAUGAGUCCGGAUACACGAUGAAGACGGCGGCCAGCAACGGGGGGCUGUUCCAGCUGUCGGCGCGGUUGGCCCGGUUCACGGGUAACCAGACGUAUGCGGACUGGGCGGAGAAGAUCUGGGACUGGAGUCUGACGAGCCUGGUGAAUAAUGACACGUGGGUGGUUGCGGAUAGCACGAGUACGGGGUCCGGGUGUGCGACCGUGGGGGAGAAUCAGUGGACGUAUAAUUAUGGAUUGUAUCUCAGUGGGUUGGCGUAUAUGUAUAACUUUACGAACGGCGAGACGAAGUGGAAGGCGGGUCUGAAUGGCCUUCUCAACACCACCUUCACUAACUUCUUCCCGGAGAAGUACGGCGGUAUGAUCAUGUCGGAGGCGCUCUGUGAGCCGGCAGAGGACUGUAAUACGUCCGAGGAGACCUACAAGGGCCUUUUGGCUGGUGAUCUGGCCUUCGUGAGCGUCGUGGCGCCCUACACUGCCUCCGAGAUUAUCCCGCGCCUGCAGGGCUCGGCGUCUGGGGCUGCGAAGCAAUGUUCCGGUGGGAGUAACGAGACGUUGUGCGGUCGGAGAUGGUACCAGACGACGUGGGAUGGCUCUGCCGAUAUGGAGGAGCAGAUGAGCGCGACUAGUAUCUUCGCGUCUAAUUUGGUGGUGUAUAAGGACGCGGGGCUGGCAACGCAGGCGACCGCUACAAAUGCGACGACAACUGAGGGUGGGACUGGGGCGGGGAAUGGUACCAGCUCGACAGAUGCUUCUGGCGGUGGUAAUGGGACUGUCACUGGAGUCACGAAGAAUGCUGGAAGCACUGUUGUUUGUGGUGCUCUGGGGGUUGUUGCUGCGAUCGUGGCGGGUGCUGUUGCUGUCGCGUAGGUAGGGUUUGACUGACCCGACACCACUUCUUGGAAUUGUAUAUAACUCGAUACCCAUGCAGCAUUGGACGUGUCUAUUUAGUGUUUUCUUAUCUGAUCUGAUCGGCACUCCACACAUUGACCCUGGCAGUCGGCUAUUCUAAA